AUGAGAACAACACCGGCGUUCACAUGGGGGAAGAGGCUCACGUCCUGUCGAGAGCGCAUCACAAACGUCGUUCCACUCACGUCGAUCAAGAUCGUCCUGGUUGCCUGGCAGAUUGUCACGCAGUUUUCUUCUGUGCUCAACGUGGUGUACCCGGGCGUCUACGAGAGGUUCCUGUCCGUGCUGAAUGUUGUGAAUUUCAAUCUCGGCUUCAUCCUUUCCGUCUCAUGCAUCGUCGACAGCAACUUCUACGGAUGUCGUUUUUUCGCGACGAUCUGCCCGCUGGUUGUGUUCGGAGCUCAAGCAGUGACGUACACCGUAUCUAAGUCCCGUAACCGGCACUCCCCCGCCGGGAUGCAGGCUGCCAAAAGCAAGCAUCUUUCGAUCACGCUUUUUAUUAUGUUCGUGGUCUACUCUUCGGUGCCCUUCAACAUAUUCCAAACCUUCGUUUGCGAGCGGCUGGAUACCGGGAUGGACUACCUUCGGGCUGACUACAGUCUCACGUGCUAUACAGGUGUCCAUAAGGCGAUGAUGGUUUACGCCGGUCUGAUGAUCUUCGUGUACCCAGUGGGCAUUCCGGCCUUCUAUGCUUGGUGGCUCCUCUUUAUCCGACACUACCUCGUCAAGGUUGGCGCCCCCAACAAUUUCUUGGAAAGGGUCCCGGAGUUGGACCACCUGCAGCCCAUGCGGGAUCUCUGGGCUCCGUACAAGCCUCAUCGAUACUACUUCGAAGUGGUAGAGUGCGGUCACCGGAUUGCGUUGACAGGGCUGGCUGCCUUUCUGUUGCCGAACAGCGCGGCGCAGGCAGCGAUCGAGGUGGUGCUGGCUGCUAUCUUCGUGGCGGUGUCUGAUGUGUUGUCGCCGUUUGUAGACCCGUUCGAUGCGUGGCUGUACCGUAUCGGCGGGUGGAUAACUUGUUUCUCGAUGUACCUGGCUCUAGUGGAUGUUUCGGACGAGGACAAUCAAAGCCAAGCGGUAUUUGCAAAGGUGCUUAUCGCGGCGCAUGCCGGCAUGGUUGCGGUGAUCGUGGUUCAGGCCGUGCUGUAGGUGAGGAGGAACCUCAUUGCUGCGAGGGACAAGCCGGUCGCCAACGAAAGCUUGCAUCGCUCAAAUUUCGCACAGGCUUGCGAGGAGACGGAGGAGAGGGAGGAGAGGGAGGAGGAGGAGAAUGCUGUGGUCGAAAAGGAAUCAAAUCUGCAGCAGCCGGAAGAAGCUGGUAACACCGGAAGCGGAGCCGCAAUAUUAGGAUAAGCGCUACAUGCUUCUCGGGUCCCACACGGGCUUGGGGAGUGCUUGCUUGAUCCACCCUAAACCGCGGCUCAAAAAGGAUAGACAUAACCUCAGAUGUGAACUCAUGGGUACAGGGUUUCCUCAGAUUGUUCUUUUUUUAACCAGGACGCCUUCCGAAUAGUCCCAGUUUCCAUGGGGUACGUGCCGCACCCGGCCGUCUCUUUUCAGCACUGGUUGUACUUGGAGAUUUUCUCCGGGAUUGUUGUUGUUCUGACUUUUGAGGUGUUUGACUUUCUGAAGAAAGGAUUAUUUUUGGUUUUUGUCGGACUGCUGACCAGGUUAUACGCACUUGCGUUUGCUGUGCUUGCUAGGCUUGAUCCGCGCCAAAUAUAUCAUUUUGUAAAACUAUACGCCGGAUUGUUGGGGGGUUGGGGCGAAGUGCCGUAGUUCGUCCUGCCCACGAGGGGACACGAAAGCAGUAGGCAGGACCACGUUUGUUUUUCAUAUUUUUCAAAUCAGCCCAGGGCCAAAACAUAUUUUUUCUUGGGAUUUGUACAUUUUUGUUUUUGGCGGGGGGGGUUAGGUCUUCAUGCAUUUCCCCCCCGGGGUUGGAACCUUAUUUCGUAAGAAAAUGUAACCCCAGGAAAAACAAGAGGUAGGGGGGAAACCUUGUUUUCGAUCUCCCCGGGGAUUUUAGGGAGAGAGGGCACAGCAUGGGCGGGGGGACAAGACAGAGGAUAACAGCAGUAUUAGCAGGUGGGGGAUGUCGCCGUUUCCAUAUCGCAUUCUAAUGCUAAUUGU